GUCUCUGCGUUGUUGUUCACUGCUGGGGAGGUAAAACAACAAAAACUAUCCGUUAUCUUUCGUUAGCGUUAACUAACGAAACCAACUCGUAUGUUGAUUUGAACUGAAAAUUCACACAGUGAUUUUGGUUAUGCACCAGUACCAUGGCCACCGAAAAAGUUACGCUUGCCGACGCACUAUCCAACGUAGAAGUGUUGGAUGAAUUACCUCUUCCAGAUCAACAACCAUGCAUUGAAGCCCAAGCUUGUUCAGUUGUGUAUCAAGCAAAUUUUGAUACCAACUUUGAAGAUCGAACAGCUUUUGUGACAGGUGUGGCCAAGUACAUUGAAGAGGCCACUGUUCAUGCAAGUCUGAAUGAUAUGCUUCAAGAAGGCCAAGAGCAUGCGGUAAUGCUCUAUACCUGGAGAUGCUGUUCCAGGGCAAUUCCUCAGCCUAAAUCAAAUGAGCAGCCUAACAUAGUCAAAAUAUGUGAAAAAACUGUUCAGGUUUUAGCACCAGAAGUUAACAAAUUGUUGAAUUUUAUGUACUUUCAACGAAAAGCAAUUGAGCGCUUUAGUGCCGAAGUUAAACGCCUAUCCCAUGCCGAGAACCGUAAGGAUUUCGUGUCAGAGGCCUAUUUGCUCACUUUGGGAAAAUUCAUUAAUAUGUUUGCUGUUCUGGAUGAACUGAAGAACAUGAAAUCCAGUGUAAAAAACGACUACUCUGCAUAUCGCAGAGCUGCCCAGUUCCUUAAGGUAAUGACAGACCAACAGGCAUUACAAGAAUCACAAAAUCUUUCCAUGUUCUUGGCCACCCAAAACAAAAUUCGCGACUCGCUAAAAGAGGCUCUUGAAAAAAUUCCAUCUUAUGAAGAGUUGCUGGCUGAUGUCAUCAAUUUAGCAGUUCACAUGCUCGAAACCCGCAUGUAUCUUCUUCCGGAAGAGAAACAUAUGCUAGUCAAGGUUUUGGGCUUCGGAUUAUUCCUAAUGGAUUCAGAAAUAUGCCAGAUAAACAUUUCCAAGUUGGAUCACAAAAAGCGUAUUAGACUCGACAAAAUCGACAAAAUCUUUAAAAAUUUGGAAGUGGUCCCCCUCUUCGGUGACAUGCAAAUUGCUCCGUUUAAUUAUAUCAAGCGUUCUAAAACCUACGACGCUUCUCGUUGGCCCUUGUGUGGAGCAACUCUGCCUUCGCCACAGGCCGAUUUAAUGGUUCAUUUGCCACAGAUCCGUGAAGAUCACGUCAAAUUCACCAGCGAACUAGCGCGCUAUAGCAAUGAGGUCACUACUACUUAUAAAGAGACACGCUCCCCAGAGGAGAUGAAAGAAAUGAUGGAGCUAGCUCUUCGUGGAUUACAUCUUUUAUCCGAAUGGACUAGCAUUGUGACUGAGCUUUAUUCCUGGAAACUUCUGCAUCCUACCGAUCAUCAUCAAAACAAAGACUGCCCAGCUGAAGCAGAGGAAUACGAAAGGGCUACGAGGUAUAAUUACACCGAAGAGGAAAAGUUUGCCCUAAUCGAGAUCAUCGCCAUGAUCAAAGGAUUACAAGUUCUUAUGGCCAGAAUGGAGACGGUAUUUGCAGAUGCUAUCCGUCGCCAUGUCUAUGCUGAACUACAGGAUUUUGUUCAACUUAGUUUGCGUGAACCCCUACGAAAGGCAAUAAAGAACAAGAAAGACUUGAUUCGCAGCAUCAUCGUUUCGGUCCGGGAAACUUGUGCCGAUUGGAUUCGAGGCACAGAACCUCAGGAUGACCCAGCUACCAAAGGCAAAAAGGAUCCUGAUAAUGGUUUCGAUAUUCAGGUUCCUAGAAGAAAUGUUGGUCCAUCGUCAACCCAACUCUAUAUGGUCCGAACCAUGCUGGAGUCGCUAAUAGCGGACAAAUCUGGAGGUAAACGUACACUACGCAAAGACAUCGAUGGAUCUUACCUCAUGGCGAUUGAUCAAUUCCAUAAGAAUUCAUUUUUCUGGAAUUACCUGCUCAACUUCAGCGAAACCCUACAGCAAUCGUGUGAUCUUUCACAACUAUGGUACCGAGAGUUCUAUCUCGAAAUGACAAUGGGCAAAAGAAUUCAGAAAUGUUGCGUGAAACAUCAACACAACGAGGAGUGCAAAGACGUGGUCACACUGGAGAAAAGAAUUCAGUUUCCCAUCGACAUGUCGAUGCCUUGGAUUCUGACAGAUCAUAUUCUGCGUACUAAGGAACCUUCCAUGAUGGAGUGUGUUCUUUUCCCACUUGAUCUCUACAAUGAUUCAGCCCAUUACGCACUCACUGUUUUCCGUAAACAGUUUUUGUACGAUGAAGUCGAAGCUGAAGUCAACCUCUGUUUCGAUCAGUUCGUUUAUAAACUAAGCGAACAAAUUUUCGCUUAUUAUAAACAUCUAGCUGGAAGCAUCAUGCUGGAUAAACGAUUCCGUGCUGAAUGUGCAGCCUUAGGUACUCGCUUUACCUAUCCGCCUGCCAACCGUUACGAAACUCUGAUGAAGCAGCGCCACGUUCAGUUGUUGGGGCGCUCAAUUGAUUUAAAUCGUCUUAUUUCCCAGCGCGUUAAUGCCGCCCUUCUAAAAGCUCUCGAACUAUCCGUAGCACGUUUUGAAGGUGGCGAUAUCACCGGUGUAGUAGAGUUAAGUGGUCUCCUAGAAGUGAAUCGUCUGACUCAUAAGUUGUUGAGCAGAAAUUUGGCAAUGGAUGAUUUCGAUGCCAUGUGGAGAGAAGCCAAUCACAACGUUUUGGCGCCAUAUGGGCGCGUGACGCUUCACGUCUUCUGGGAACUCAACUACGAUUUUUUGCCCACUUAUUGUUAUAACGCAGCCACAGGACGCUUCAUCAAGUGCCGUGACUUGCUCUUUAGUCAACCGGUCCACCGAGACAAACCGCCCCAAACACCCUAUCAUUACCUGUGGGGCAGCAAGGCGUUGAACAUUGCAAAUGGAACUAUAUUUAAUCAGUAUUCAGGAUUCGUGGGAGCGCCACAUUUCAAGGCUAUCUCCAAUCUUCUCGGUUACCAGGGCAUCGCGGUCGUCAUGGAAGAAAUUCUCAAGAUUAUUAAAUCUUUAGUGCAAGGCAAUAUUUUGCAGUUCACAAAGACUCUGAUGCAAGCGUUGCCUAAACAAUGCAAAAUGCCUCGCUACGACUACGGGUCCACAGGUGUCUUGGGGUACUAUCAGGCGCAAUUGAACGACAUAGUGCAAUAUCCUGAUGCACGAACAGAGUUGUUUCACAAUUUUAGGGAGUUCGGAAACGCUCUGAUCUUUUGUCUCUUGAUUGAACAAGCAAUGUCACAAGAAGAAGUCUGCGAUCUGCUUCAGGCAGCGCCUUUUCAAAACAUUCUCCCAAGACCGUUCGUAAAAGAAGGAGAAAAACUGGAAGCUAAGCAGAAAAAACUGGAAAACAAGUAUGCGGCAUUGCAAAUCGUCGCCAACAUCGAAAAACUCGGCACCGCAAAACAAACUCUGAUUGCACGAGAGGGAGAUCUGUUAACGCGGGAACGCCUUUGUUGCGGUCUUUCGGUCUUUGAAAUGGUGCUCAACCGCAUCCGCACGUUUUUAGACGAUCCUAUCUGGACGGGUCCUGUUCCCGUCAAUGGAGUCUUGACUGUUGACGAGUGUACGGAAUUCCACCGCCUUUGGUCCGCCUUACAGUUUGUUUACUGUAUUCCCGUUGGCGAAAAUGAGUUUACAGUUGAACAGCUUUUCGGAGAAGGGCUUCACUGGGCCGGAUGCGCCAUGAUUGUCUUGUUGGGACAACAACGCAGAUUUGAAGCAUUGGAUUUCUGUUAUCAUAUUUUGCGCGUGCAACGUGUCGAUAACAAGGAUGAAACAGUCAAGGGCAUCCAGCUGAAGCGAUUGGUAGAUCGCAUUCGCCGAUUCCAAGUGUUGAAUUCGCAAAUCUUUGCUACCCUCAACAAAUAUUUGAAAACAAGCUCGGGUGAUGUUGAUUCGCAACCGGUGGAGCACGUUCGUUGUUUUCAGCCUCCUAUUCAUCAUUCUCUAGCAGUCAAUCAGGGUCAUUAUUAUCGACCCGACCAACUUCGACAGUCCAUGAACAUAGCCAACACGUCAGGUAUAAUCGCGAAUAUGACAAUAGAACAGCAUUAGAAUGA